AUGGCAUGGAUCAAGGCAGCGAGCUAUGCGCUAUGGCUUUCACUGCCUGGGACGGUCUUGGCUUCCAAUGCCUCCAUCCAAGUGCGGAUGCAGACUCCAUGGAGCUGUUCCACAGCGACAUGUGCUUGCUCCGACUUGGAGAUGGUGAACAUGGAUACGGGGCUGCCCUUGACCAGCGACAUGCAAAUUCAUGCCGUCAAGUACUGGCCCGAACCUGUUGGCUACCAGGGGGUAUUUGCCAAUGACGAUAGGGAUCCGUACACCAACAUCUACGAAGAGAUCCAUGCGAGGGACUUGCCCGUGAUUCGAAAUGAGCUCGGUGCAAACGCGGUCUUGUUGUCUCCUUGGAGCUUUGGGCACAGGAGCCACACCCAGUUUUUAGACGAGGCCGCAGCGAAUGGCCUGAAAGUCAUCCCCUCGUUCGACCUUUCUUGGUACUGGAAGGAUGGUGCGUGGACCUUGCCGGCUACCCGUGGAGCCCUACGCAAAGAUUUUCAUGACUUUCUGCAGUACUCCGCCUCUGUCGAUGAUGCCAAGCUGAGCACGCCUGAGACAAUCCUGCUUUGGAAUGUGGUUGGCCUCCCCACGGCGGAGGCCUUGCUGCCCCGCAGUUGCGUUGCGGGAGCACUCACGGACGUGAGCAACUUCCGGAAUUGCAUUGCCUCCUCUGGAGAUCUUGUGGGCGCCCUUGUCACGGUCCAAACACUUCAGGAGAUCUUGCAGGUGGUACGAGAGACGCAGAGAGAAUUCCAUUGUGAAGAGGGCGCCCCGAGGGCGGAGUGCCUGGAAAGAGACGACGUUUCCGUAUUCAAGUUUGAUCGACCGCUGGCGCUGACAAUAGACUUGGCAGAGGUGUACCUAUCCGUGUCGGCGAAUAUGGAAUACCUGAAAGCUUUCAUCUUUUGGAUGGAGCGCGUCGUGGGCUGCCAUCCAGUUGCGGUCGGUCAGGUCCAGGUGCCACUGUCCUUCGCGGAGGUGGCAAAACAAUGCACCUUCAACGGAUUUGGUUUGUUCGACAUGUGGGUUCUCCGAGUACUGGCAGUGGCAGAUGAUGUUGAGGCCUCCGCGAUCCGUGGACUCCGCGAUCACUUCAGUCAGCCGAAGCAGCAUUUGGGGUCUGGAGCUGCAUCUGUGUCUGAUCUCUCGGGCGCAAUUAAGCCUGUGAUCCUGGAGUUUGGCUUCCCAGCGUACUCCCACGGAUCCAUGCAGCCGGAGAAGCAGCAUCGCGCCCUGCACGAGGUUUGGUCGGGAUCCGGGUCUGGUUCGGGGCUCAAAGAUGCCUGGAGCGCCGGCUUCUGCGUUCGAGGAGCCGUGGUGGACGAGUGGUUAGACGUGUGGAGCGCGGACGAGAAUUAUGACUCCUGCACAGAGCUGAAAUCGAAGUUCGGUCACUCAACGUGUGGACCUCAUACUGACGCAGGCGAGCUUGCCGUUGCGUACCAGGGCCUGGCAGGACAGUUCCACACAGUUGGCCGGCACUGUAUCCAGAAGCGCUAUCUGGAUGUCAACGCCAGCUUACGCUUCCAGUUUGUGAAUGACCUGCAGACAAUUCAGAACGGCUAUACACCGCCAUCUGUCUGUGCUGGCGUGGUCUUGAAGCGGGGCGUUACACUCAUCGUGUUCUACGCAGCCAGCGGGCUGUUUGUGCUUUUGGGGGUUGGCACCCUCUGUUCGUUGGUCUGCAGGCGGCGGCCCUUGUGUGCUGCCCGCUCAGCUGAGCAGGAGACCGAGGAUGGCGCGAGCAAGCAGAACUGCUACAACUUGGAGCAGCUGAUGCAAGCGAGCUCCACAAGGAAGGUCCUUGAGGACCUUUCGGCCGUGCCUUACGGGAGAUUGCUGGCCGUGAAAGUCUCUGAAGCUUUGGAAGAUGGCCGUGAGGUCCCAGUCCAGUACAGCCACCUGCGAGGGUACUGUGGCUGGGGCUUCGCCAAGGUCAAUGGGACCUUCUCCUACCACCGCUUGCAGUACAAUGGCAGAGGGAGGGGAACUUCUGUGCAGAGCUGGGAAACAGCAGAAGCCUUCAUCCGCUUUCUUCAGGAGCAGUCGGACCGGUCCUUGGCUGUGUAUGGAUUCACGGAUGCGGAGCUGCGUCGCACGGAACUCAUUGGAAACCGCACCGUACGCCGCCGGGACUUGCUGGAGCUGCUGGACGCCCACGGCUGCUUCGACGAAGGCGACUGUGUCACUGGGCGGGCCUCAGCUAAUUUGCAAGUCCUGGGAAUCCGGGCAGACCUGGUCGUGGACUUGUCCUACCGGGCGAAUCCGCUUUUCCUUUCUGGUGUCGCAGAGGAAAUUUGGUCCACACCGGGGGACGAGAACGACAUGAAGGGAUGGCUGGGCAGGACUGGCACAAACAUGAGGCUCUUCCUUGAGAUGUUGGUCAACACGCAUCUGGCUGCCCAGGUGGAUCGCCUCAGGCGGCAGAUCGAGCACGAGGCCUCAGCGGUGGCUGCAGAGGAGCAGCGGAGACAAAAGCCGGAGCUCUGCGACGAGGUGGCCAUCAACAGGAGAGCUUGCUACAACAUCUGGCGCCGCGUGCUCGAGGGCUACCAUGCAUGGCAAGGUGUUGUCGGCAACCCAAGAGACCUGGACUAUGAUGAAGACAAGGCGCACAAGUACUUUGUCGAAGCCCUGACGUCCCGACUCAUUGGUUCAAUCGCAGAGCACCUUAUUCACUCCCCUGAGUGGCUUUCCUGUGUACACCAGAAGGUUUUCGAAAGCAUGGUCGUUGCUGACGGCUCCGGAAAGCCCUCCUUCUCCUGUCAAGUGGACUACGCAGAUCUCUGUGAGCCGCUUGAGUUCUUCUGCCGGAACUCGAACGUUUUUGCGCCCAAGCAAGGAAUCAACUUUGACGACAUCAACGACUGUGGACUUCUUUCUGCCAAAGCCCCUGACACAAAGCAAGUCCAGAAGACGUGGAGUGAACCUGUGGGGCUUUGGGUUGUUUUCUACUUCAUUGUCAACUACAAGUGGGUCUUGACAAUGGCCAUCUGGCUCCUGUGGUCUGCCUUCUUACUCUAUGACAGUGAGGUUUUCGAGGAUUGGGUGGGCAACAGCUCCCGUCAGCCAACAUUGACACGCUUCUCCUUCUACAGUCUUGCCUUCCUGGAUUCCAUUUGGCUUUGUUUUCUCAUGGUCUGCGAGGUCUUUGUAAGCGAUUCUCCAACCCCUCACACUAUUGGGCGAAGGGCUCGAAAUGUGUGCAUCAAGCUCUUGCGAGUCUGCAGAGUUCUUCCAACCCUGGCACUUGCAGCAGCCUGGAUCUGGAUUGCUUGGCCGGAAGUGUUGACCGAACCUGCAGCGCAGCUUGGGUUGGACCCGUCCAGCUUCGAUGUGCUUCCAGCCAACUUUGCCAAGACCUUCUGGUACUUGCCCGUGUUCUACCUCGCCUGCCGGUUCGUUUACGGUAUGACACCCCGCCUAAGACUUACAAGCGCAUAUCAGAUAUUGCAGCUGGCAUACUUCCGGAGGAUUGCCCUCUUCUGGCUUGCCUUUGGAACUUUCUGCUUCCUGUGCAAUUACUCGAUGCUGGUGGGGCUCGUGCGGCCUUUGACCCCAUAUCAGCUUUGUAGCUUGAAUGAUGACGAUGAAGACUUCUGCAGCACUUAUGACGUAGACGUCUUUGGCAACUACGUCCCUGUGAAGGAUGUACGCUGUGUCGCCUGUAUUGCAACCGUGGGUGCCAGUUGGUGGCUUGUGGUUCUAAGCAGCAUGCUGAUGAUGUACUUCAUCUUCAAUAUAUUUGUGGCCAUUGUGGGCAGUUCGGUGGGAGCUGCCCGUGGCUUCGUCGAGACGAGCAUCCCAUCCCUGGAAUUCCGCGUUGAAACGGUCACCUCCGACUUCACCUCAAUGCGCAAAGCCGAAGCGAGCUGGAUGACCCAUGGCUCCAUCUUGAACGCAAUCUUUGGCAAAGACUGGCAGAAGGUGUGGGAGAUGAUGGUCUAUGGCUUGUACGACGAGUGCCUCAUUGACAGCAAGAUGCGCGAUAACAUGCUGUCUGCGGCAAAGACAGGUGGCUCUGUGAAGUUGUCCGGAAAGGACACGCACAUCCUGGACCGUGCAAAAGCUAGGCUGGGUUAUCUUUUCACAAGCCUCAGAUCCAUCCUGGGUGACACCAACAUCAACUUCAAGCCAUAUGUUCCAACCGCAGAGGGGGUCUGUGAUGCACUGGGCGUAACGCACAGAGGCCGAAUACCAUCCCUGACUCAGAUUGUUCCCGUCUACAGUGAAGAAGGUAUCAUGGAUAUCAAAGAGCUGGUCGGGGACCCCAAGGGGGGUGCUGUGUCAACAAUGCUCGAAUUCCUGAUUUCGCAAUUGCCGCGGGAGUGGGAGAUCUUUGCUCAAAGUGAAGGCCUGCACCCCACAGAUCUCUACGAGCAAUUGUGCGCCGCAAACAAAGGAAAAGGCGGAGCCUCAAAGGCUCAGCAGGACCGAGUCCGGGAGUGGGCUUCACAUCGUGCUCAGAGCGUGAUCCGCACGGUCAAUGGGGCUGUGCACUAUCAUCGGGCACUCAAGGUCUUGUUGGAAAGGGAGGGUGACCAAGUUGGAUUCGAGGACCUUCGCUCCCAUGCCCAGCUCAUCAUGGCACACCAGACCUAUGGGAAGCUCAGCCUGGGCAAGGCCCAGCAAGUGAAGAUUCAACAUGGCGUCAUCACGGCGCCGGGACCUCACGGCCUGCGGCCCAAUGACCGGGUGCGCCUCACCUUGGACUCGCUGAACGCGGAGGAUGCUGUUGCCCGGCGUGCGGUGGAGAAGAUAUGGAAGAAUCGAGCCAUGGCGAAGUUGAAGCACCGUGCAAAGACUCGACAGGAGGUGGAAGCGAUCUUGAGCGACGGUGCGCAGGUACAGUCCCUGGUGGAUGAAGUGAUGGUGGACGGCAGCCUUUCGGAGGCAGACGAUGGCAAGGUCGAGGGCGCCAUCAGUGACGAUCCCUCUGAGGGAGCUGUGACCAGCACCAGCUCUACAGCCUUUGCCCGGCACCCUGCACUCCUAGGACGGCUCUGGGGCCAGGCGCAGAUCAAGGGAUUGCAGAACUUCCGUGGGGGCGGCUUCUAUACCAUCAAGGAGAUUGUCGAUGAACACACUGCGGUCCUUUCGGAUGUGUCUGUGAAUUGUGGAACUGCGCGGCUGGAGAAGGCGGAGCUCACAAAGCGGGAGCACGAUGUUCACUACAUGUUGGCCAAGCACCAAGGCUUUCCCUUCUUCGUUUGCAUCGAUUUCCAGCGCGGAAAGAGCCACCCGCAGCUUGAGGAGAUGAUCGACACCUUCGUCUCCAGGCAGGCGACGUUUGACGGCGGCUUGGCUGAGUGGGCUUCGGUACGCUUCCGACACGCCAGUGUGCUGAUCAAGCAUAGUUCCUCGGGGACCUGGCCAAUCGAAAUCGUCCAUGUGUUGCCACGCGCACGCGGCCUUCUUAUUGGCACCGUCGGCAACCUUACGCAAGGAAAGGCAGGCAACCAGUUGGGAGCACUUCGCUUUGCGGAAGGCCACUUUGUCCAGAUGAUGGAUGCAAAUAUGGGCUGCUAUGCGGGUGAAACUUUCAAGGUGCCAGUUGUUCUGCAGGGUUUUCACCGCGGAACGCUGACUGAGGGAGAUUACGAUCAUCGUCUCAAGCUGCAAGCCCGCAUCAUCGGAUUCCGCGAGCACAUCUUCACCCGUGAGCACGGCCUUGUUGGACAGAUCAUGGCGGAUGCUGAGUGGACCUUUGGCACUUUGGUGCAGCGCCUGCUUGAAUUCCUGACAGUUCGCAUGCACUACGGCCAUCCGGACUUCAUGGAUGGCUUCUGGGCUGCCAACCGCGGCUCCGUGUCCAAAGCCUCGCCGCACAUCAACCUGUCCGAGGACAUUUUUGCUGGCCUGAACGUCAAGAUCAGGCAUGAGCAGUCCCUGCAUACGGACUACCUGGAGUGGGAGAAAGGCCGUGAAGUUCAAUUCCUCGCAGGCUCUGGCUUCUUCUGGAAGAUUGCAAGCGGCAGCGUGGGCUUGCUACGCACUCGAGACCUGCGGACACUUUGCGGAAACGCUUCCGUCAUGGAAACCUUUGCUCUGUAUUUUGCCACGGUGGCUUGGUAUAUCCACAACGUCAUUGUGGACAUUAGCACAGAGGUCUUUGUCCUCAUUUUCAUUUACUUGACUCUGGCUUCAAAGUCUAUCGUAGACUUAGGCGAGCUGGGCUCCAUGCUGGCGGCAGAGUGGUUCCUGACACCUGCAUUUAGUGCCAUGCUGCCUGCCAUCAUUGGCCUGGGCAUCGAGUAUGGCCCCUUAUGGAUGAUCAAGAACUACAUCCUCAGUGCUCCCAUGUCCAUGAUCUAUUUCAUCUUCAUUAACAAAGCCAUGUCCUCCUCCGUGCGCACAACAUUCGUAGCCAAUACGGCGGAAUACGUGAACACGGGAAGACCGCAUGCAAACAAGAGCUACACGCUCAUGGAAGCUUUCCUGGCGUAUUGGAACUCACACUACCGGCCAGCUUUGCGGAUUAUCUACUGUAUUGUGCUCUAUCGGUCCAUGAACAGUGACGGUGCCCUGCCUUUGAUCCUUGUUUCCUUCACGGCCUUUGUGUGGAUCCUGGCUCCGAUCCUGUUCCAGCCCCCCACCAAGACUGUGCUGGAGCAAACGCGUGAGCUCGUCGGCUUUAUCGCCAAGGUCCCCGCGCACCGCGAGCGCCUCAUCUCCGGGAAGCCCAGCUCUCUGUAUGAGGCAGGUUUCGAGCAGGAGCUGAAGCAGGCGAACCGCGGGCUCGUGUUGCCGCUGAUCUCUGGGCUCCUCCUCUGUGCUCUCUACCUCUUCAUGACCUCAUCGGACAUCUUGGAUCAGAUGUGGGCUCCUCUCUGUGGGAUGUUCAUCCUCUUCCUUUUCCGAUCGGUGCUUGCACUCUCCGGAAUCAAGUCUGCAGGCAUGAUGAUGCUGGCUAUUCCGUGCUUGUUGCUGUUUGUGAUCUUUUUCUCAACCUACAUUGUGGAGAACCGAGAUUUUGGCUCAUUGCUCGUUGCUACAUUGAUCUUGAUCCAAUUCCUAACCACGAUCAAGCUGCUGGUCUGGUCCUUCUUUGGCCUCGUCCUACCCAGAGGAAGCCCGUUGGGCUACGAGCAGGUGGUUCGCUUCACCUUUGACUUCCUCUGCAUUUACGAGCUCCAAUUUUUCGGAGCUUUGGUUGUGCUGAUCUUGCAGAUCAUCUUUGCCAGUUUGUUGUGGCUGCUGGACAGACCUCCUCUGAGACUGCGGACGGGUCUGAUCCUGAACAGGCGAGUGUCAACCGGAUGUGUGCGGGUGAUCUUCGGUGCCGCCCCCGAGAGUAAAGAUGAGUGCAUCACCGUCAAGGUGGACGGUUGA